CGUUCAGUUUUUGGAGCGUAGAGAGAGUGAAGAGGGUAGGUACUUGCUUACCUGUUGGGAUACCGAGUAUCACUACCAAAAUUUUUGGAUUAGCUUGAUUCUCACUAUAUUCCCGGUCCAGCCAUGGAUAUAAACGAGGCGUCGUGGAGGGAAAGCUGGGCUUUAAAUCUCUCUUUUCUUCCCAAAGGCUUCUUUUGAUUUUAAGCGCUGCCCCAUAGCAGGACUGGACGGUGUUUUUAACACACCUGACUGCUAUAAAAGCGCGUAUUUCUCAGUUUUCGUGCAGCCGACUAUUUUAAUUGCUCGUUCGAGUUUUGUUAUUUACACUUUUUUUGGGGGGAGGUGGGGAAGUUUUGGCUCCCUUGGACAGCGGAGGCGUUUGGAGAAGUCAGGACUGACCACUGGAGCUGGUCCUGAAAAAUGGAGGCUGUUAUCGAGAAGGAAUGCAGCGCUCUUGGAGGACUCUUCCAGACAGUCAUUGGAGACAUGAAAAGCAGCUGCCCUAUCUGGGAAGAUUUUAUCACCAAGGCUGGAAAACUGCAGUCACAGCUCAGGGCAACUGCGGUGGCUGUGGCUGUCUUCCUAGAUGCUUUCCAGAAAGUGGCUGACCUGGCCACCAACUCAAGAGGUGGGACCAGAGACAUCGGGUCGGCGCUGACCAGGAUGUGCAUGAGGCAUCGCAGCAUAGAGGCUAAACUCAAACAGUUCUCACUAUGCUUCCAGGAGAAUCUGAUCAACCCUCUCCAGGAACAAAUGGAGGAGUGGAAAAGGGGCGUCAACGCUUUAGACAAAGACCAUGCAAAAGAGUAUAAACGAGCUCGACAGGAAAUCAAGAAGAAGUCCUCAGACACGCUUAAACUUCAGAAAAAAGCGAAGAAAGGCCGCGGUGACUUCCAGCCCCAGCUGAGCAGUGCCAUGCAGGAUGUGAGCGAUAAAUACAUCCUCCUGGAAGAAACAGAGAAACAAGCUUUGAGGAAGGCUCUGAUUGAGGAGAGACAAAGGUUUUGCUUUUUUGUGGCUUUGCUGCAGCCUGUAGUGGAUGAAGAGACCUCCAUGUUGGCAGAAGUUACCCACCUCCAGACCAUCUCUGAGGACCUCAGGGCCUUGACCUCUGACCCAAACAAGCUUCCCCCUGCUAGUGAACAGGUGAUCUCAGACCUGAAGGGCUCAGACUAUGGUUGGUCGUAUCAAACGCCUCCUUCUUCUCCCAGUACUACCAUGUCCAGAAAAUCUAGCAUGUGCAGUAGUCUAAACAGCGUUAACAGUAGUGACUCCAGGGGUUCCGGUGGCUCUCACUCUCACUCUCCUUCCUCCUCUUCUUCCUCCUCUUCCUCACAUCACCUCUUUCACCAUCAUCAUCCCUGCCAUCGAUACCGCAGCUCCACGUUACCCCUGCAGGCCCCGGCUCGGCUCUCUAGCAUCUCUUCCCACGACUCUGGCUUCAUUUCUUCAUCGCAGGACCAAAAUGCUUCUUCCAAAUCGUCUUCACCGAUGCCAGCUGAAACAAAGCCUUGUCCCACUUCCAGCUCCUCUGAGACGUCAGAGACUGGGCAGCUUGAUGGUGACUGCAGCAAUGCCUGCUCUCUCUCUGCCACUUCGCUUCAGAGUGCUACUCACAAGUUGUCCAACGGUUUCGACCACUACAGCCCAGCCAGUCCCUCCCACCUGCAUAGCAACGGGGGCAGUUUGAGCCCAGUUUCAGGCACCGCCUUCCCAUUCUUCCCUCCACCCUCUCCCUCCUCCUCCUCCUGCCCCACUCGUUCCUGGUCUCGCCCAGCCUCAGCCUUGCUGCCUGACUAUCCCAACUACUGCACGUUGGGUUCUCCGAUGGUACCUUCAUCAAAAGUCCCCAGCUGGAAGGACUGGGCGAAGCCAGGGCCUUACGACCAGCCAAUGGUCAACACUCUGAGGAGGAGGAAAGACAAGGAAAGUCCAGCUGUGGUUGACAAUGGCAGCAUAAAUAGUAACAGCAUGCCUUCAGGCCAGACAUCGAUCUCUGCACCUCCCUCUGCUCAGACACAAACACCAAGCCAGCAGGAAGAGAAGAGCAGGAUCCUGAAGGCUGAUGAUCUAGAGGCCCAAAGUGAACUGGCCUUGGCCUUAUCCAGGGGUCUGGAGCUGGACACCCAGAGAUCAAACAGAGACUCCAUCCAGUGCUCCAGCGGCUACAGCACUCAGACCAACACACCCUGCUGCUCUGAAGACACCAUACCAUCACAAAUUUCAGAUUAUGACUACUUCUCUAUGGCUGGAGACCAGGAGCCUGAGCAGGAACAGCAGCAGCCGUCCGACUUUGACAAGUCCUCCACUAUCCCCAGAAACAGUGACAUCGGUCAGUCCUACAGACGCAUGUUCCAGACCAAGCGUCCUGCCUCCACAGCCGGUAUGCCCAGCACGCAGCCUCCCUAUCCUGGACAGGGGAACUACCAUCCUGCCACACCAGUCCACACGGGAUCCUAUCCUCCUGCUGGGCCGUACACUGCCGCUUCCACUGCAGGUCACGGUCAAGUUAUUGUCACCCCUGGCGUUGCCACAAUCCGCCGCACGCCCUCCUCCAAACCCUGCGCCCGUCGCUCAGGCUCUGUGGGCGGAGGACCCAUUCCUAUUCGUACUCCGGUGGUUCCUGUGAAAAUCCCCACGGUGCCUGACGUGUCAGGAACAAUCAAUGGGAGCAGGACUCCAGAGGAGAUCGGACGAGGAGAGGAGAGCUUGCAUUCCCCAACAUUCGCACAACCAGCAGAAGCUGGUAGCCUUCCUACGACUUCCUGGAGGGGCCAGGCCUCCACCAACCCUCCGACCUUUCCCCUGCCCAGCCAGGCGGUCCAGCAGUACCAGGGAGGGGGCGAGGAUGCUGACGAGCAAGAUGAAGGAAACAUGCUGGUGGCUAUCCGUAAGGGGGUCAAGCUGAAAAGGACCCUGACCAACGAUCGUUCAGCUCCACGCAUCGCCUGACGACAUCAUCCUGUUGGAGAGCUGCAGUCACUAGAAUCCUGAUCCUUUCUGGCAGAUUUCCACUGAAAAAAAUAUUUGUGAAUCUGGUGAAAAGCUUUAAAAAGGAAAAAAAAAACCUUUCUGUGUUAAUAGGAGGCACCAGAUGACAACCACUCUAAGACAUUUGACAUUGACUCAGUUUGAAUUAUUCUGAGGUUGUUUUUGUAGUCAUCCAGCUCUGGAUCAGAGUGCCCCCUUGUGGUUGUUUCUAUAUUAAAUUUUUAUAUAUAUAUAUA